GUGGAUGUUUCAAAAAAUAUAUUAGACUAUAAGAAGCACUUGUAAUAAAAGGAUUUAACUAAAUAAUUGAAAGAAAAUUAGGGAAUAGAACAUGAGAGUUCCAGACACCAGGAAGGAGGAAGGAUGGACUACAGUCUGGCGGCGCUGAAGCUGCUCUCUGGGCAACUAAAGGAAGUCCGGGAAAUUUCUUCUCAGAACGCCAUGACUCUCGGCGGCAUUCUAUUCCAACGAGCCUGGUUGCAGGGUAUUUUGGUUUCCAAUGACGACGACGAUAAACUACUCCUCGAUGAUGGAACAGGCAUCGUUGAACUCAGCCUCUCCGCUGACUUCCGACAACGUCAAUGGAAAACAGGUACAUAUGUGAUGGUGGUCGGAGGGUACUCUGUCCGGUCAGGUGAACUUCCUAUGAUUAAGGUUCAUAAGAUUGUUGAUCUUUCCCCAUUUCCAGAUCGAGAAGCAAUGUGGUACCUUGAAGUUUUGGAGGCAUACAAACUGUUCUACAAGCCCCUCAUUGAAGAUUUUGUAUGAAGUUGCGGCAGAUUUCCAUCCUUAAUUUAUUCUUACUUCUUGUAAGCUAUGAUAUGAAAACUAAGAUGUUCUGACAUCGUUACAUAGAAGAUUAAGCUAUGGAAUUAAAAAUAUGAAUCAUUGCAAGUAUUGGUGUCUCUCUGUUUCCAUUGGUACUAGGUAACCAAGACUGGUUUGCUUUCUGUGU